AGCCAAUUAGCGGCAGGCGUAGAUGUAAUUUUAGGCAUGGUCCCGCUGAAGCCGUGACGCACAAUGGUCAUUGAAGGUGCCUUGAAAGAGAAGCUGGAAGCGCUGAAGUUCAAGCCGAACUCACGGCGCACUGGGAAGCCUCUUGUGGGUACUGGCACCGCGGCCAGCGCGGCCAGCGGGGCCAGCACCGCAGCUCUGGCGCCGCCCACCCCGCCUUCAUCCACCACUAGCGCCAGCCGCUCGGCGGGCCUUGCGGUGCACGUGGCCGUGCGCUGCCGCCCGCCGAGAUCUGGGGAGGUGGUGCAGAUCUCGGCGGAGGAUGCGGGGGACAAAACGGCGCUGAAGCUCAGCACGCGCGAGGGCACCUCCAGCGUGGAGGGUCGCACCUUUCGGUGCAACACCUACCUGAGCCCUGAGGCGUUGCAGGAUGAUGUGGCCAAGCUGGCCGCGCCCUUGGUGCAGCACACCAUGGAGGGGGGGUUUGGGAGCAUUCUUUGCCACGGCAUCACCGGCAGUGGCAAGACCUACUGCAUGUCCGGCAGCAUGGAGGGGAACAAUCCCUCCCUGGGUCUGGUUCAUGGGGUGGGCCGACGAAUCUUCGAGCACAUCCGAGAUCAGGCGGCUACCGGGAAGGUUUUCUUGGUGGAAGCUUCAUACGCCCAGAUCUACUCCCCGGAUGGCACGUCUGAGAAGAUCAUGGACUUGCUGGCGGAUGCCGAAGAUCUGGAGGUGAAGCCAGAUCCCCGAAACCCUCAGUCCUACGUGUGCGCAGGCCUGCAGCGGGUUCCGAUCAGAUCCUUGGACGACAUGCAGCAGCUGGUCUCCAAGGGCCGGCAGCGCUGCAGCGCCAAGGAGGCCGCCGGAGUGGAGGCCUCCAGGUCCCACUGCAUCCUCACCUUGUCAGUGGAGAGCCUCCUGGAGCAGUCAUCGGCGCCGGAGGUGGCCAGGGGCAAGCUGGUGCUGGUGGACCUCGCGGGCUCCGAGGCCAUGCUGAAGGCCCCUUCCGACGUGGCUCGCAGGCAGGCGCUGAGCAUCAACCGCACGCUGGCCUCUUUGAGUUUGGCAGUGAACAGCAGCUCGCCUUCGCAGGUGAAGGGGUCCUCACUCACGCAGCUGCUGCGGGACUGCAUGGGUGGCAGUGCGCGAACCCUGGUCAUCGCCACCAUCGGCCCGGAGUUGGAUGACCUGGAAGAGACGGCCAAGACCCUGACCUACGCGCAGCAGAUGAUGACGAGCCUCACGGCGCGAGCUUCGGGCGCCGGCCUGCACCGCAUCGAUCAGGAACAGAGUGCCUUGAUGCAGAUGAAGGACCGGCACAACGAGUGCAUCCGCAUGCUCAGGGAGAAGGUGAGCGACUCCAGAGAAGAAGAGCAGGAGGAGCGCAGAAGGCUCCAGCAAGAGAUGUCCGAGAUCAACAACAGACUGCUGACAAAGGAUUCUGCUGAGAAGACCCUGGAGGAGUUGAGGCAGCAGCAGUUCAGCAAGAUGGAUGAGAUGAGAACCGAGAUUUCUCAGGCCAUGAGCGAGCAGAUGGACCAGCUCAGAAAGCAAUCGCAGCUGGAGCUGGAUCAGCUGAAGGCCUCGGUGGAGAAGUCUCAGCAGGAGCAGGAGAGAGUGAAGCGCGAGGCGGAGGUGCAUGAGGCCGCGGUGGCAAAGCUGCAGGUAACCCUGCAGGACGCUCAGCAGGCCAAGGCAGUCGCCGAGCAAGAGGCGGCGGCGCUGAAAGUGAACCUCGCCACAGCGGAGGAGCGCGCCAAGGGCCUGCAGUGCCGGCAGGAGGAGCUGUCGAAAGAGCGAGCUGAGUUCAAUGAGGAGCGGAAGACGCUGAGGCAGCAGGGGGAGCAGCAGUGGCAGCGCCUGGCCAAAGUCGAGGCGGAUCUGUCCCAGUUCCGCUCCGAGGCGGAGGCUCAGAGGAAAGAGAUCGAGCGCCUGAACACUGCCCGGGAGGAGGAGGGCAAGACCAUCCGAGCGGAGCGCGAAGCUUGGCGGGCCCGGGAGCGAGACAUGCAGGCGGAGGUGUCAGACCUUCAGAAGAAGCUGGACGACAUCAGAAAAGAGUCUGAGAUACAGGCCUUCAAGGUCUCAAAGGACCAUGAUGAUAAUGUCUCCAAGCUGAAGGCUCAAAUCGAGAAGCUAGAGGUCGAGGCGAAGGCUCGUGAGGACAAACUCACGGAAGCGCAGAAGAACGUGGCGAACCUUGAGGAGGAGAGAACAAUGGCUCUUCACCGCGAGGAGGCCAUCAGGCAGUCCUCCUCGGCGGAGAUCCGAAAGUGGCAGGAGGAGCUGGAGCAGACCAAGCAAAGCGAGCAGGAGCUCAUGCGGAUGCUGGAAGAGGUUGACGGCAUCAUUGCUUCUGGCAACCAGUAAGUCUUCCAGCACUGGCUCCCGCUGCGGCUGUUGGCCAUGGCGGUAUUCGCAUAGAUUGGUUCAACACUCGCUGUGAUUGUGUUAAGCCAAACGACUCCUUCAGUGCUUGCAGAAUGAAAU